UUCUAUCGCAAAGUAUACAACCAAAACACUUUUUUAGAAGAGUAGUAAAGUUGCCUGCUUUCCGCCACAAUGAAAGAUGAAGAGUUUGCCCAGGGCUUGGAACAGUUCGCCUACUGUCUGCACGAACAGCUGUGCCGGGCCAAUCCCGGCCAGAACAUCAUCUACUCCCCGCUGUCCAUCCGUACCUCUGCCGGCGUGCUGCGAAUGGCAGCGACGGAGGGAUCAGCCACGGCCAAGGAGUUGGACGAGGGACUUCGAUUCGCAGGGCGAACUGUGCCGGAGAUAGCCGGGAACUUCGAUGCCGUUUUGAAGGCAUUUGAGAAGUGUCCAAUCAUGAAAAUGGCCAACGGGCUUUACCUUAUGAAGGGUCAUACAGCUGGCGAGCAGUUCAGCGACAUUCUAGAGAAAAAGUUCCACUCCAAGCCAAUAGAGAUUGACUUUGGCAGCGACCAGGCCGCCAGUAUUAUCAAUAAUUGGGUGGAGUCUCAGACCAACAACCUAAUCAAGGACAUUAUCGGUCCAGGAAUUCUAAGCAAGGACUCUCGGCUGGUGCUCAUCAAUGCCAUUCACUUUAAAGGUAUGUGGUCAAUCAGAUUUAAUGAAAGUGAGACUCAAGAAGAGUGGUUCUUCUCGGAGCCGGGCAAACCUGUCAAGGUGAGAAUGAUGCACGUUUCCGAUAAGUUCUCCUUUGCCUCGCUGCCCAAUCUCGAAGCCACUGCCCUUAAAAUGAACUACAGCGCCUGCAACUUGGCCAUGAUCGUCAUAUUGCCGGAUGAGAAAUCAAGUCUUACGAUCCUAGAAAGCAAACUACCAAGCACCUCUCUAGAGGCCUUGUUAUCCUCCAUGAACCUGGAACAAGUUGAUGUCAAGAUUCCUAGCUUCAAAGCCGAAUUCCAGCAGGAACUAUCCCAGGCUUUCAAGUUGAUGGACAUGAGCCGUAUAUUUAGCAGUCAGGCCGAACUCGGCGCAUUGCUGAAGACGCAAACGCCCCUUAGUGUCUCAGAGAUAAUACACAAGGCUUUUAUUGAAGUCAACGAAGUGGGCACCGAAGCAGCAGCCACAACAGCUGCGGUCGUCUCAUUAAGAAGCAUGCCUGCCCCUCAACGUACGCCAAAGGUGUUUCAUGCCAAUAGACCCUUCUUCUAUGCGAUCUAUGACAACGUCCAUGGUUCCCUCUUCGUCGGUCACUUUAGCUCGACAAAGGUUGAGAAGUCCAAAAAAAUGCUGGAAAAAAACUUCAGCACUACGACACCGAUCCACAACAAAUGCAUCGAGGUGGCCGGAGAGAUUAAUUCCGGAACUGCGAUCCUCAGGGAGUGUCUUAAUGGCAUCGUCAACUACACGGUAAUACAGCAGGAAAUCCAGGAGGCCAGACCCAAGGGCGAGCUCGAUGAGGUGUUUAUGAAAUACUGCAAGCGACGAUCCAAUGCCGUGGAGUGCGUCGAUGAUAUCAUGCCCUGCCUGGUCGAGGAGGAACGGCAGGGCAUGGAGGUGGUCAAGCAGAUCUUUCAGAGUCUGCUUCACAUCGUUUGUCACAAGGACGGCGACCUGAUGGCCCUCUUCAUUGCCGAGAAGGUUCCUGAGUGCUUCGAGUCGCAGAAGCACCUGACCGUGGGUCAAAAGCAGUGCGACGCAAUGCUGACCCUGCAAUCCUGCGUGCUCAACAAGCUGGAGCAGUGCGAGAACAACAUCGUCGACUCAAUACUCAUCAGUCCACUGCAAUUACAUAAAUUUAUGAAACCGAGCACACCUCAUCCACGGUCGAUUUGGAUACUUACAGCUUGCUGGUUGCUCCCCCUGCUCUGCCUGGCCCUGUCCCUCAGCCCGCUGGUCCGCUCGUCUGACGUCACCAUGGCCGACGCCGCCCACCAGGAGUUCGCCCGCCGACUGGCCCUCUUCUCCAUCAACGUCUACGAACAGCUGUCGGCGCAGAAGUCCGGCCAGAAUGUCGUCUUCUCGCCCUUCUCCAUCCAAACCUGUGCGGCGAUGGCCCGGCUGGGCGCCGAAGGCGAGACGGCCACCCAGUUGGACAAUGGUCUGGGACUGGCCUCCAGCGAUGCGGGCCAAAUCGCCCAGAGCUUCCACCAGGUACUGGCCGCCUACCAGGACAGUCAGGUGCUGCGGAUCGCCAACAAGAUCUUCGUGAUGGAGGGCUACCCGCUGCGCCAGGAGUUCGACCAGCUGCUGACCAAGCAGUUCCUCUCGGGGGCGCAAAGCGUCAACUUCGCCAAGAGCGCCGAGGCGGCUGCCACCAUAAACGGGUGGGUGGAGCAGCGCACCAACCACCUAAUCAAGGACCUGGUGCCGGCCAGCGCCCUGGACGCCAACUCACGCCUGGUGCUGGUGAACGCCAUCCACUUUAAGGGCACCUGGCAGCACCAGUUCCCAAAGCAUGCCACCCGGCCGGACACCUUCCACCUGGAUGCGGCGCGCAGCGUCCAAGUUCCGAUGAUGAGUUUGAAGGAGCGGUUCCGAUACGCCGAACUGCCGGCUCUGGACGCCUCGGCCCUAGAGCUGCCCUACAAGGACUCGGACCUCUCCAUGCUGAUCGUCCUGCCCAACAGCAGGACGGGCUUGUCUGCCCUGGAGGAGAAGCUGCGUGCGACGCCUCUCUCGCAGAUUACGCAGGCCCUGCACAAGACUCAGGUGAUAGUAAAGCUGCCCAAGUUCAAGGCCGAGUUCCAAGUGGAGUUGACGGACGUUUUCCGGCAGCUGGGAAUGUCGAAGAUGUUCAGCGACCAAGCCGAGUUCGGCAAGAUGCUGCAGAGUCCCGAGCCCCUGAAGGUGUCGGCCAUCAUACACAAGGCCUUCAUUGACGUGAACGAAGAGGGAACAGAAGCCGCGGCUGCCACGGGCAUGGUGAUGCGUAACAAGCGCGCCAUUACCUCGCUCGAGGAACCGGCUGAGUUCCUCGCAGAUCAUCCAUUCACCUAUGCCCUUGUCCAUGAGGAGGACUUGCCCCUGUUUUGGGGCUCUGUUGUGCGGCUCGAGGAGAGUGACUUCGUCUCCAGCGAGCACGAUGAGCUGUGAUGCUACCUCAUUUUAUGUCAGAUUAAUAAAGGCAGCUAUUUGCUUAACAAGGAGA